GGAGAGGUGUGAGGGUCGUGAGAAAGACAGAGGUGUGAAGUAUUUGACUGGUUAAAAUGGCAGGUAAGACUCCAGCACUCCCAGAAUCCUUUGCUCCAAGUCCAGACAGUGUCUUCUCUGACCAGUUUGGAUUCUACUCUUUGGACUCAAACGUUCCUGGCCUCUCUAGACUUAUUCUGGACCAGCUGAACAUGAAGGACUACUCAGAGUACAGGGCGGCUCUGGAGGGGAAGGGGACGGUUGGUUUCCAUUCUCAUAAGGAGAUGUUUAAGAAAAUGGAGGAGACGUUUAAAUUCUGCUCCUGCUGCUCCAGACUCCCAUCUGACCUGCCGGAUCCCUCAGAACUCAGACGCUGUGUCAAGUGUCUGAAUGUGUACUACUGCAGUAAAGAGUGUCAGAAGAAAGACUGGAGUCUUCAUAAGAAGUUCUGUAAGACGCUGAGGAUGGUGGCCAUAGACAGGCUGGUAGACUGGCUGCUACACACAGGAGACCUGCCCUUCCCUACAGCGGCAUGGUCUUGUCCUGGGAAAGAGGUUCGGUGCUGGGAUGAUUGGCUCUCCAUGCAGGGGGACCUCACAGCCCGGAUGGACCCCAUCUUGUCUGGGAAAAACAUGACGGAGCUCUGGACCAAUGCAUGCCGGCCACACCCAGUGGAGGCGGAGCUACGUGCAUCUGUGUGGCGAGUGUGUAGCGAGUUCCUCUCACGUCCCCUGACGAUAGGUUUUGGGAUUCGGAUGUUCGGUCUGAACCCGUAUUCCCGACCUCUCACCAUCCACCUGGUGGGAGCUGGACAUAACGAGACCCUGGGUGCGAGGACGACGGAUCUGGAUGAGCUAAGUCACAUGUUUCCUGAACACCAGGGCCUGGAGGUGGUCAUGGUGGGGCCCGAGGUAGUGAAAGGGAAGAUUAUGAGGCCUCCGUUAAGGGCAUUUGGUCCACGAGGAAGGGUCUACAUCAGUGCCCACAAGGGUCUGUAUCAUGAGUUCUGGGAGGAACUUGUGGAGAAAGGAGAGGCAGCCAGACCAGACCUUGUGGUGGGCUUUCAUCCAGGUUUUCAUGCGUCUCAGGGUUUAGGAGAAGGCUGGCUUCCCACACUGCUGCUGCUCAGAGACUACAACAUCCCCUCACUGUUUACCAUGUACAAUGAUGGAGAGUUGAAGUACUCUCUGCAGAUCUUGGUGGAGUUGGAGAUGGACAUUAAAGGAACUGGACCAAACCCUUUCAGUUCCCAGAAGCCUGAGCAGGUGCAGUCGAGUCCCAACAAAGAGCCGAGCUACUGCAAUGCCUUCUACCUGAUCUUCCAGGGUCUGCUAGAGGACAAGCUGGAUGAGGAGGAGAAAUAUAACCUUCACAAACACCUUUAACCUACAAAAAAAUCCAUGAAGGAAUCCCGAAGAACCUUCAACUUCCACAUACAAACUCUGGAGAAGCUUGAACCUCCACAUAUAACUCUGAGCUUCAAAUAUUUAAAACCAAGAGAACCUCUAGAAAACCUUUGAUAUUUAUGGGUAUUCUUCAGCCUUUAGUCUCUAAGAACAUGCCAUGAGAAACCAUAUUCCAAAUCUACAUUUUUCAUGAUUUCACUACCAUCUUUUACAAACCUUUACAUUUUUAGAAGCAAGUAGUAACGUUAGAACCUCUGUCUCUUGAACUGCAAACCUUUCAAAAGAUGUCUUUCAAAACACAAAUAUGCUUCCAGAGACAUUCAGGUGCCACAAAUCCAUGAGGAACCUUUAAGCAUCUAAGACCGUGUUCUUCAACCCUAGAAACACACAGAGAAGAACCUCAAUCAAGCUCUGAGCAAUCUAAAAUCUACAGGAGGUUCAGCAUCAAGGAACUUUGAGAGAAUCUGCAGAUCCAGGGUUCGAUCCAAAUGGUAAAUUCGCACCAUGUAGAUGUUUUAAGUGGAUAGUCAUGAUUUUUUUAUGGAGGAGUGGAUUUUUCAUUUUGCUGAAGUUAAACUGUAAAAGAUGUUCCUCAGGCGUUCUCUGUAUUAAUCUGCACUGCCCUCUGGUGGACACACCGGGUAACUGCUCAUGGUAUACACAUUUCUUCUCUCAUUUCUUUUUUUUCUUUCAUCCACCCAUGACAUGUAGUCCAGCAUGUCCAUGUGAUGUUUGAUUCUGGAUUGUGAUUGGUCAGGAGCUGUCUGUAACAGCAGCUCUAUCUGUAGUGCAACUUCAAAUAAACAGAUUGAAACCGUGUUGAAGAGUUGAGAUCUUUAAUUACCUGACAUUUCUGGAAGAGGUGAACCUCAGGACAGAGAAGUUCACACUUCUGA